UUUCUUCAACCUGUUCGUACACGCUCUUGAGAUAUCGAGCAAGGACGGUGGUGCUCCAGUGUGCUCCUUCAUUCUUACAUUUCGUCGCUACAGCAGCAGCAGAGAGUCCAGCCGCAGCUACAGCAGUGCGCUACUACACCUCGUUUGCUUCUAUUCUAGACAGCCGGCCAGCCGCCUGCAAGUGCAACGCUCGUUUCCCUAAAUAUCCCGGACUAAAAAGCAACAACUGUCCACAUCGACAGGUACUACCUGCUGCCCAAACGAUUCCAUUCCGCCGCGUCGUUUUUUUGUCUGUCGAGGGGGGAGAGAACAAGAAGAAAUCCAGCGCUCACGCCGGUCAACUUUUACCGAAGAAAAAACCAAAAAAUGAUUGCUGCCAGAGGCUCUGUCGUCUUCUUGAUUGCUUUAAUGCUUUCGUCAGCCUUCUCCCAGGAACUGUGGAGCCAAACGAGAGUUAAACGAGAUAAAGGUGGCCAUCAUCAUCAGGACGUAGGGCGACAACGUCAGCAGCCACCAGCUACUGCCGGUCCCCACCGGUACGGCUCUAACGUUGUCGUCAGACCAACGACGCCGCUAACCAACAACAACGUCGCCCAUCAGCAACUCAGCAGAGAGCAGAGUCUCCAACGUCAACAACAUCACUUCCGGAAUCCGCCGGUGAGGGGGAGGCCCACCACGGAACUGCAGCAACAACACAAGCGAAUGGUUCACUCCGGCCAACGUCGACCCGUCAUCGCUAAUCAGUUAUCUCACGGACCGAUUGGACCGACCCAGCAUUACGCUCAACCCCAGCAGAGCCAGAGACCUUCUUACAUUCCGGCCAUAUUGCCAAUUUACCUGCGCCCGAAUUCCAUUAUUCUGCCGUCGCCUCCCACUCAAUCCUACCAGCAACAGCAGCAGCAGCAACCCAGCGGUUACGCUUCAGCUCCUGUUCCGGCAUACAAUCAGGGACCACCACCGGCCCAGUACCAGCCUCCGCCGCCACCACCACCACCUCAGCAACCCCAAUACCAACAACCACAGUUCCAGCCUCCUCCUCCGCCGCCACCUGCUCCUUACCAGCCACAACCUCAGUACCAACCUCCUCCUCCACCAGCAGCUCCUCAAGUCGCUCCACCACCGGCACCUUAUCAAUCCGCUCCUCCUCCUCCUCCUGCCCCAGCAGCAGCAGCACCAUCUCCUUAUAGCGAUGCUCCUCUACCUGUGCCUCUCUACGCCCGUCAACCUCAGCAGCAGACGGCCGCCUCGGAAGCUUAUAAUCCGCCAGCUCAGCAUGAGAGCACGACGCCCGCUUCCUACGAGGUCGCCCAGCAACAACAGGAGCCCGAACAAUCCGUCCAAUCCGGCAGCUACGCCAACUCGGAACCCGUCACCGUCCCGCCGGUGAUCGAGGAAUCCGCCAGCUACAGCACGUUGGCGCCGGCAUCCGUCGAUCACGACAUCCACACCAACGACAUCGCCGAACUCCCAGUUCCUCCACUGCCCGUUCCUGGCGCCCUCCCCGUUCCCGGAGCUCUUCCCGUUCCUUCCGCACCUUCCGCCGACGGUGGCAAAAAGGAGGAAGCCUCCCAGUGGACUGAGGGCUCAAUCCCGUGGAAAUUGGAGAAACUCGGACUCAACACCUUGAACGACCUUCUGGUUCUCUCCGGUUUGGACGAAAUGUUCGACAAAGAAGGACCUUUUACCGUUUUCGUGCCGGUUGACCAGGCCUUUGAGAUCCUCAUCCAGAAAUUCGGCGGUAUGGAAAAGGCCAGCGAAGAGUUCAACAAGAACCCAGAACUCCUCAGUUCGCUGCUCAAGCACCACGUCGUGGCCGGUUCCAUCCCGUCGUCCUCCUUGCAGAACAACGGCGCAAUGCAGAGUCUGCUCACCACACCCCUGCGAGUCAAAUUCUACGAGUCGGAAGACAGCGAGUGGCGACCAUUAAAGGUAAAUGCUCAGGUGAUCACGGUGAACGGUGCCCGUGUCGUGAAACCCGACAUUGAAGCCACCAACGGCGUUAUCCAUAUCGUCGAUCGAGUGCUCUUCCCCGUGCCUCAGGCCGACAUCUACAACACGCUCAAGACCGAUCCUCAGCAGCGAUACACCACGCUCAUUUCCGCGAUCGACAGAGCGGGACUGACGGCCGUUCUGGCCAAUCCCACGGCCGGACCAUACACGGUGUUUGCGCCCACCAACAAGGCUUUCUCACUGAUAUCCCGGGCCGAGCUUAACGGAAUCCUGAACGAUCCGGCCAAAUUGACCAAGUUGCUCCAACGUCACGUCGUCCAAGAUUUAAUCUACACUUCCGGUCUCCAAGGUUUCCAGAAAGCCUACGCCCUUGAUUUUGAAAUCCUUUACAUCUACCACGCCAAGGGCAUGACCAAGGUGAACGGAGCCAACGUCAUCGACCAGGACAACACGGCGCUGAACGGUGUCAUCCACACCAUCGAUUCCGUUUUGGGACUCUAUUGAUUGAGGGACCGGCUGAGCCGCCUCUAGUCAUACCCCGAAAACUUGAUCGACUGAAAAUAAACGAAAAAACAAAACAAAAAAAAACGCAACAGUUCUACAAAUAAAAAAGUAGCGCUAGAAUUAUUCUUAAAAAAAGAAAAUUAAAUAUGUUUCCUUCAUUUUCCUACACUUCAUCGUCCGUCUUUUCUUCCUACUUUACAUCUUCGCUCUUCGUGAGUUUGCCCAUUUGCCUUGGCCAUCGCACUUUCAAAAGUGUCUAGCCAUCGACCCGCAAAGCAUCCCCCCAGUAUACUAUGCGAAAUGAAGUUUCUCUUUUUUCUCCUUCUGAAAUCUUUUGAAACAUUUUGUCCAUAUCGUUACAUUUGUGUCCAAGGUGGAUGACAUUGUGAGUUGUUUUGUUUCGUUCUUUCCUGAUCCACCCAUCAGCCAUUUUUAUAUAUCUCUCAAUCGUCAUUUUGCUAUACAGAAAGAAGAAAUGUUACUAAUUGCCAAGCGAUUGGCGAGAUAUUACGUCCUCUCUCUAUCUCUCUUUUUCUUAACAAUAUUUUACCAUUUUGACAUGUAUCCAUCCCCCGACCCCGAGUAUUAUGAACAGAAAAAUAAUAAUAAUUGAAGUAAAAAGAGAAGAAGAAAUAAGACAAAAAAAAAUGUAUGUGCUCAAAUGGCCAGUCUGUUGGUUGGCAGUGUGCGCAAAGUCUUAAACUUGGAAAUUAGCAUUUUGUGCGCACGCGGCUGAGGGACAAUAAACAUGGUUUAACUUUAAAAA